GUGUUAGCGAAACAGCGGAUUUCAGCCGAAAAAAGCUUCUGCGUGACGUCAAAUACGAGCAGCUAAUCCACUACUAGUCAAUGGUAGUACGUCGAUCAACUGAUCAGCCGACCGUCCACCGCCCACCGCGUACACGCACAUAUCACAAUACAUAGUAAGCUCGCUCUCCGCAUGGGCGCGCACCCAUACAUAUAUCCGCACAUGUGAAUGUUGUGAACGUUUGGUGGCAAAGCGAGCAGUGAUCGACGCGUAAAGAAACGAAAGUUUUUCAUUUUCUUCGCUGUUUUCGGCGGCUACGUACAAUCAAAUCGACAUACCCAUUGGUUGGUGGUGGCGCGUAGUCGUUUUGGUGUUUCGCUUAUCGUUUGCUGAACACAGUUUUCAUUGUUUUUAUUUUUGUUAUUGCUUUUUAUUUUGUGCGGAUUGCGUCUUGCGCCCCUUUUUGCCUUUUUCCCUCAAUUGCUGUUGGGUAUUUUUUUUUUGAAUUCUCUCGACAUUUCGCCUGCUUGCGCGCGACGGAUUUGACGACAGUGAAGUCAGCGACGUCGAUGUCGACAUCGAUGAAAGCAGCGCGGCAACUGCGAGCGAUCGGAGAAUUUCUCUAAAUAAACGCAGCGCGCUGGUGCAGUUCAGUAACGCGUAAAAAUUUCACUGCAACGGUUUGCUCCGCCAACAGUAACGGAUGACGGCUGACACAAGCGACAAAUAAUCGAAAGAAACAACUUAUUCAUAAUACAAAAAAAAAAGGAGUAUAGUAAUUAAAAAUAAUUCUGUAAAAGUUUACGAUUCCCAGUGAAUUAUUAAAUAUAAGAGAAUUUCAGAAUUUUUAAUGUCCAUUUUGAAACUUUUCUACGAAAUUUGUAAAAAGUGCCAAAGUGCUGCUAGUGAGUGCGCAUGGUUGGAAAGUGCGAAGCAGACGUAUAAACGACAUUACAAAACAAGAAAGGAGAAGUAGCAGUAGCAGUGUCGCAAAACAAUUUAUAACACUGAAGGCAGCGAAAGAUUGAGAAAGCAGUGGUAGGAUCUAUCACUUACGACGACUCCUCGUGCGAAUAUCCAGUUGCGUAUACGUCCAGGAGUGCGCAUGUCGCUAAGCUGUGUGAAAAAUACACACAGAAAUCACUAACAACAAUCACAAGAGAAUCAACAAACAGUAACAAACAUGUCACAUCAGUGCAGUUGUGGUCGUGAUCUCAACAACAACUAUGUCUCCUAUACGAGCGCCUACGCUAAUGGCAGCUCAAGUCUGGAUCGUGAAGCGAGCAGCAGCCUUUCGGGCAGCGGCGUCGGUGGUGGCAGCAAAUCAGCCAUGUCAGGCAAAACUACCCAGCUGACGGCGAAAGUGAUGUUCGGUACAGUGGGCGCAAUUAAGGAUCUGCGCGAGAAGGAAAAGUCGCGGCAUGCGACUACGCGUGCCACCGAUCGGCGCAAUUGAGUGGCAGGGCACAGUAACGGACAGGGUUGACUGUGUGUGAAGGAUGCAACUGUGGUGAGCAUAGAAAAAGGAUUUUUAUAAAGCUAUUCAGUAGGCAUUGUGAUGAGAGAGAAAACAGAUGGAGAUCGGAUAGUUGACAUUUGUGUUUGCCGAAGGGGUGACAAGCUACAUCAGCGGCAGCAGCAGCCUACUAUUUAUACUUAGUGUUGUAAGUGCGCAUACUGGUGAUGAUAUACAUACAAAACGGGUGGCGUGUUGAAGCAGGUGGAACGGUUUGCACAGUUAGUUUAAGUGGUCUCGCACAACGAGACCUUCCGGAACUUUCCAGAAAAAUACACCACAAAUAUGCGAGAACUAAACGAAUUGUACUCUCUGCAUUUGCAUGUAAGUGAGCACUUUAAGUAGUUAAAAUUAUUGGAAAAUUCCCCAGCUCAGCUAUAAAUAAAUGUAAAUAUUUGCAUAGAUGCUUAUUUGCCUAGGACAAUUAUGAUUAUACUCUUUGUUACAAACUUAUGGUCGGAUAUAUAUGUAUCAAACCACUUACUUACUUACUUACAUACAUACAAUUGUAAGUUGUUUUAAUUAAGAAAAAUAUUUUUAAUUUAAAUAUUCAAAUGCAAAA